AUGGCGACUACUGAUGCUGACACCAAUGUCACAGGUCUAGGUCAAGGCCCCGUGGCACUUCCAAUCCGAGCGCCUUGGCUCGCCAUUUCGUCUUCCGUUUCGCCUGCUCAGGCAAAUCCCAUCAAACACUACGGCAGGGAUGCGAAAUCCUUCAAGGCCGCCGACCUCCGCUUCGACGAUGGGUCGUUCAACAAGCCUGGUACUAAGGCUUACUACAAGAGCUUUGGGUUCCGCGAAAAGACAAAUUGCACCAGCGACGAGAAGACGGCCGGGAAGAGGGUCGAGAAGGGGUCACUCGUCAUGAUCUUCAGCAGGCACGCUGUCAGGCGGUCUUCUCUGACGGGAUCUGUUGCAAACAGAGCUCGGAAGCUGAGCAAGAGGCAAAAGUUCAUGCACCAGGUCAACGAUGACGAGAAGUUCUUCAAGUGGGACUGA